AUACCACGUGAUCACCCACGUUCUUUCUCUUUGAGCGUCGAAGGAAGGAUCAUGGCGGCUUCCAUUAUUGUUCUGUUGGUUUUAGGGCUUUUUGCGCCGUUGAAUUCGCUCGGUAAGCCAUGAUUUACGGAAACAAUUAGUUCAAGUUUUUAAUCACCCAAAGAGUCUUAACAGAAUUUCAGUUUUGUUGAGUAAAUGAGAAUUUUCUCCUCCUUUUGUUUAACUCCACGAGGCACUCCGUUAUUGGUCCCCAGCACAUAGAACAAUUUUCCUAAGAAAAUAUUAUUUUUAGUGCGUUCUAACACUAUAACUCCUCUAAACCUGGUUAAUUCCUCGACAAGAAAUAUGGGAAUUUAAAAUGCACUAUGCUGAUCAGUACAUUCUGUAUUUUUAUCUUGUUUAGGUGAUACUUGUGUUGGAGCAAAACCAACUCCUGAAAUCUACUCUACAAGGAAUAUCUUACUCUCCACAGAAAGUGUAUUUAUCGUUGAAUUUUCCCUCAAAUGUGACAAUAAUGCAAAGGUAUAGAAAUAGAAAAUAUAUAGGAAAUAAAUGCAUUGUGAUUGUAGUAUGCAACAACCAAGACAGACAGCUCUUCUGGAAAUACAGUCAAAGCUCUUUAAUAUGGUCUCUGAGGGGGUUAUAGAAAGUGUCAGUGUCAACGGAUGACGGUGUUAAGUGGGUUGAAUUUAGAGAAAAUGUAAGGGCUUUCUUUCCCCAGGGACAAACCCAGUGCUGUCAACUCUCCCGGUCUCCAAAUUAGAGUCUGAGAUCUCCUGGAUAAUCACCGAAGUUGAUAUUUCUUGUAGACUCCACUUUCCGACCAUAAAAUUUCAAAUAUUUUCCGUUGUUUGAGCUACUGUUAACAUGGAACGUUUCCCCAUAAAUUUGGGUAUGCACUGUAAUUUAAGCAAUAAUGUGGCUAAAUAUGAACUGUUUAUGUGCUAUGUAUAUAUCGAUUGGAAUCAACGAACAUUUUUUGCACAAAUGACUUCAUUUGUCGUGCGAUACGAUGUCAUCUAUCAUUUCUUCCCUAUCAAUUCUCAAUAUUUGAUGCUGUGGGGGGGUUGGCAGCCCUGAAACCAAACUGUCCAUAGUAAUGAGGUGUCCAUCAAAGAUCUUUUAUACCGAUCAUAUGUUGGGCACCCUAGGUUUUACAGGUUCAGAACACUAGGCUCCCUUCAAUUUUCUUUAGAGCACAGCCUUGGAAAGUGUCCGUAUUAGUGGGGUGACCUUAUUAAGUGGGUUGAAUUUAGAGAAAACGUAAGGGCUUUCUUUCCCCAUGGCUAACCAAACUGUCCAUAGUAAUGAAAUGUCCAUAUUAGGUGGGUGUCCAUAAAGCAGGGUUUGAAUGUAGUACAAUGAAGACAUGGACGGUGGUUGAUUCCUCAUGGAUCAAAAGUUUGCGUGUGGCAUACUUUUGUUGAAAAAAGUGUUAGUUUAAAAAUGAAUGAAAUAAUGACUCGUGAUGAAAUACCGUUAUCCAUUCUAGACAAUAACAUUGACUACUGCUUUUAUCCCAGAAUGUGAACUUGUAUGCCGAAGUUAAUGGAAAAGUCAUGCCCGUUACCAUUUCCUCAGACGAUGCCAAGUAUCAGGUUAGUCUCCACACGCUACUGUGAAAGUCUUCAUGGUUAUUUCCCACAAAAUCAAAUUCGCAACAUCACUAUUAAUGAAUAGAUAAUCGUCGAGGUUAGACCGACAAUCACACUGCCAUUUGAAUCAAGUUUGACAACGUCAGUUGUGUGAUGAUAGCAAAGAGAUCUGGCAACAAGUUUGCUACAUGUUCGGAGUUUUUGUUGCUCAUUAGACGAAUGCUUUUUUAUUUUCUCAUUUCCUUCACCGUCAUUAUGUCUGCUUGAGCUCACUAGUAGCGUUACCAUGUAAAAGAAUUCUCGUUGAUUUCACUGUAAAACUGACAAUUUGAUGGAAAACACCAAUGAAAAUUACCACCCCAGGUACCCAUACAGAGGCUCUAUAGUCUAACACGUGAAAUACUGUACAACCAUCCAAAGACUUGUGUGAUGAAUGUGAAUCAGCUACCCUGAGAAUUUACUCAUGAUUACACUGUUAGCAUCCUGAUGUGUCUUUGGAAUGGUCAUAUCUUCUAUUCUGGCAUUUUGAUUUGUCUGUAUUGCUUGUAAUACAUGUCUUUUUUGGUUUUCUCUGAAGGUCAGCUGGGCAGAAACACACAAAGAAGCCAAAGCUGGUGUGUACUCUGUAAACUUCUAUGAUGAUGAAGGAUUUGCUGCUUUCAGAAAGGUAUCUUGAUUGUUGCUUAUAAUAUCGUUGUUACAUUGAUACAGUAAAUAAAAGAUACUUGUGCUGAGUACUCACAAUAAUAUUAUUGUAAGCCACGUAGUUAAGUGUUCUGCUUAGUGUAGUUUUAACCAAUUGUUUUAUUGUAAAAUUCAGAGGUCAUUUUUAAAUUUGGAGUUGCUAGUCAGCUUGAUGGAGAUUGUAGGCCAUAAUAAUAAAUACUUAAAUUACCGUGGCAGUUGAUAAACCUUUCUGGGCAGCUGUACUUUCCUUUGAUGGUGUUUAUCUCCCAGUAUUGUAACUCAUGCAAAAUAAAAUGAUAAAAAAAAAAAACUAACAGUAUUGUUGAUUGGCUUUGUCAGCCUGAAAAACAAAAAUAUAAAAAAGCGCACAUUUUGCAAUGCCGCCAAUAGCUUGUCCACAAAAUGAUUUCUGAAGAAUAAGUGCAGAAAUUUCAUGCUGAUAAUGUGUCACUACCCAGAUCUGGGUGGUACUUUUGAUUGGUUGUGCCACGAGGGAAAUUUGCUUUAACCAAUCAGAAUUACUAUCCAGAUCUGGGUAGUGACACUCUCUGCAAUAAGAUGCCAUUUCCCAGGGAAACCAGUGGUAGCUUCAUGAAAUAUCAGUUGUUUUCCUAGGCCAUGGCUUUGGAAGAUUGAGUCCAGUGUAUGAUGACUUGUAUAUUAAUCUGUCAAUCCAAUGAGAGUUGGUGAUUACAAAAUAUACUAAAAACUGUCUGACCACUAGGACUCAACAGCAGAGACCUUAAAUUUACUCAUGUGCAAGUUAGAAAGGCUUAACUGUAUGAUUAUUACAUGUACGUGUAACACAAAAUUAUUGUUGCCUCUCUCUAGGCACAAAGAAGUGGGACAGUUAGUGAGGCAAAGCCUUUAUUUACAAUUGAUGUUAAUCAUAAGGUGAGCAACACCAGUCCCUGAGCCCCCACUGAGAUAAAAAAAACCCAAAAAAACAGAAAGUAAGAAAGUUUAAAAUCCAAGAGAUAUGUUUCCAGGGAACUUAACAGAUUUUUCUCAGAGAUCAACAAAGGAAGUAAUUUUAUUUAACUUAUUAUCAGAUUGUCUUGUUUAUGUUCAAAUAACAUUACUACCCAAAGACUUGUGAUGAACAUAAUCGCUACCAUGAUAGCAAUCAUGAUUAUACUUGAAAUCCUCUAAGAAGUUCUGAAAAUCUUUGGGUAGACGAAAAAGUGUUAGCUUCUAGUUUUUCUCGUUUUGCAUAUGUUUGGUUUGUAUUUUUAGGCUUGAUUACCAGCCACUGUUGGUGGAAUGAACCCACAUGCCCUCCCGAAUUAAGAACUAAUAAUUUUAAUAACAGAUGUGUAAUGAACAAAAUUAAUAGAACUGUGGAUAUUUGCAAUCUAAUUUCCAGGGAGCUGGACGUGAAGGUCUUUAUGUGCAGACAGAGUUUAUUGCAGUUGUUGCAGCUUUGUUGAUCUGGUGGAGUGCUAACAAUGUCAAGAGCAAACUUCAGGAAUCAUAG